GAAAAUCUGGGUGCAAAGUACACUAGCCUCGGUAUCAAACUGAACUCUGCUGGCGUCACACUACAUGUUAUGCAGUUGCCCUUGGCACAUAAACAAGUUAUGACGCUCGAGCUAGCCCACUUUCUGACCUGGACCAAUAGGGUAGCAAAUUGACAUGUAAAUAAGCUUAUUAUGUAUUGAGGUGGAAUCAAUUAUGCCAUAUAAGGAAAACGAGGACGGCACGGGUUGAUCGUGUUUAUUUCGUAUCGAGUGUUCUAGAAUAUACAAAAAUACAUAUAGCUUACACAAAAUAACAAAAGGAAAUCUUUACAUUUUUCCGACUUUUUUGUGUUAUUACUUCAUCCUAGCUAAUUUUUAAUCGUAAACAACAAGUAAUAGAUUACACUGAUUUUUCUUAUCUUUUUUUUUUUUUGUGCGACGUUUAAAAUAAUAUGACAUAAUAUAACCCAAUGUUUUCGUCGCAACGCUUUCAAUGAACUGCUGAUUCAGUGCUAUAAUUUUUCAUUUUUAAUAAACUGGUAUAUGCACGGGCACGUUCAGAAAUUUGAAAAUAAGGAAGCAUCGGUUCUGUAUUAUACAUAAUUUCAUGAAGACUGCAUAAUAAGGUGAUAUUUAGAAAUCUCUUUUUUUUUCCCAUCGGCUUAAUUGCGCUUUUCCUGUACGUUAGCUAAUUUCCUUAUCGUAAACAACAAUAAUACUUCCUCCACGCAUUUUCUUCCGUUCUCUUCCCGUAUUGUUCACAAGAGUAUUAUGCUCGACAUGUAUAUAUACUUAAUAAUACUAAGUAGGUCGGAGAAGUUUCUCAACACAACGCCAAAAAGGUUCAAGAGCUACUUGUAUAAAUACAUUACAAGCAAGGCUGAGAUGGCUGCAAGUACAAAGUGCAACAACUGUGAAAUUAAUGCUGCAGAGAUCACCUGUGAACAGUGCCACAGUGAGCUUUGUAACAACUGCUCUCAAACAAUUCACCAACACAAAAUAAUGCAGAAGCAUACUCUAAAAAAAAUAAAUGUGCCACCAAAAGUGCCCCCGAAGCCCACUUUUGAUAAAGCAGCAGCAAAGGAUGAAAUUUACAAGCCAUUGUGUCAAAAACACAAAAAAACAAUUAUAAAUGUUUGCAAAGACGACGAACUACUGCUGUGCAUACAAUGUCAAGAUGAAGAACACCAAGGUCACCAAACAGUCAGCCUUCUCUCUGCCACCAAAGCCGCUUCUAAGACCAUCAAAAGUCAACUGCAAAAAAUGCAAGAUGACCUUAUACAACUUCAAGACUUACAAAAAGACAUUUCUGGAGAAGAAAACCUCCUUUCUGAAAAGACAUCACAGAUCAAAUGUGACAUGAUGACCAGGAAACAGAAACUAUGUGACACUAUUGACAAGAUUGCACAAAAUUUAUUGAUGAUGGCUGACAAAGAAACGAGCACUGGAAAAGAGACACUUACAGCCACUGUGAAUCAAAUCGUUGAUCAAAUUCAGAAGACUGAAGCUGCCAUAAUGGAUGCAAAUGCCACUGUGGUCAAAGGUUCACCAGAAGAAAUCCUCAAUCUUCGAAAACAUCUCCAACAUGUUACUGCAGAUUUUGCAGAAGAAUACCAAGCCAUUGUAAAUAAAUCUUCCGAGAUGAAGCACUUGGCAGAAAACCUUGAGUCCAACUUCUACGCAUCAGUUGUAGCAAUGAUGAACUCAGACACUGGAGAUUCAACACAAUUUGACCAUAAAUACCUCACAGGAAUGUUGACUGGUGUUACUUGUACAACAGAAGAUUCUAAAGUUCCUGACUAUGAAAACACUGAGCUACUGGAAAAGGCACAACAUGGAAACUAUGCUAAUGUUGAAGAUGGCAACAAAGGGUCAAUAAAUGCUAAGGAGGAGGAUGAAGAAGACCAGGAUGAGGACUACAUUCACAUGUUCAACUUGGAAACAGUAAAGGAAAUGCAAGAGGCUUCACUGAAACGGAUGUCACAGGCAUUAGAUUUGGAUGUUUAUGAAAAUACAAACUUGAGACCAAAGUUACUACUGGACAGACAUGCUGUGGACUAUACUGAACUCCUUCAUAAAACAGACUGCAGAGAGGUGUGGGUAGGGACUGUUUAUGGCAUGCCUGCUACCAUCAAUGUCCUCAACAUUAACUCUGUGGAUGAACAACAACUGCAUAGUCAAGCUACUGAACUCGCCUCCUUUCAACACCCACACCUGGCCACCAUGUUGACCUGCCUGGAAGGAGAGCCGUACUUUGUGGCCACAGAACAUUUCCCUCAAGGGUCUUUGCUUGACUUUAUGGCUGAAGAUAUGGGGGAAACCUUAGGACUGAGACUUUUGUUACAAAUAGCCUCUCAGAUUGCUGCAGGAAUGGCAUACCUUGAAGAAAUACAUUUUGCUCAUGGUUAUUUGAAGUCUACCAAUGUAUUUAUCCUAACAUCUGAUCCAGAUCACUUUAAAGUCAAAGUGGAAUUGUGUCCAUGGAAAAAAGCUGCCAAAGACUUCACUCCUCCAAUCCGGUGGGCUGCACCGGAGGUUAUCAAGUAUGGUAAGAAGGGAAUAUCUUCAAUGUCUGAUGUCUGGUCCUUUGCUGUUGUUAUGGUUGAAAUGGCAACUUUGGGGAAACUACCAUAUGAAGGCAUGACCGAGAUGGAAGUAUUGCAGAAAGUACAAGAAGGAUACCACCUGCCUAUUCCCCACAAUGAGCACUAUGAAUUCCCCCAAGAAAUAUAUGAAGAGCUUCUCAAGUGUUGGUCACUGGAGCCAAGUCAACGUCCCAAAUUUGAAUUUCUCCAUACCUACACUGAGGAUAUGUUCCACAUAACACCAGAGGAUUAUCUGAGGCCCACUGACUGGGUUCAAAGUUCAAAACAAAUACAUUAUGUGUGAGACAUAUGUGCCAGAACACCUUGAGCAUCAGUGAGAGGUGUUCAUCGCAUAUAUCGCAAGAGGGUGGCAGUGUAUUAUUUGAGAUACAUACCAAGAAAAAAGAGAUUUAGUUAACCCAUAAAACACCUUUAAAACUAUACUCCAAUAUCACACUCUAGAGAUGUUAUAUGUAAUAAGCUUAUCCAGCCAGGUAAAAUUCCAAAUUAUUGAAAUGAAGACUGAAAAUCCUGAAAUCGGGUAUAAUCCUGAAAACUUUCACCCAUGUACAGAGGCGGAUCCAGAGAUGGCAUACCUUCGGAAAGACCCAGAAGACAGCCUCAAUCCACCCCUGAUGUAGACGGUUGUUUUUUCAUGCAUGCUACAUUAUCAAAUACUCAAAAAUAAACUCAGAACUCUUGAACCUCUAAAAUCAGAACUCUUGUAAAACAAAGGCAAAGCCUUGUUAUAUACCAAAACAGAAACACUUACG